AUGGCCAAAACAUGGACAUUUGCCUGUCUCUUUUUCUGUUUCUUUCUCUCUCUCUGUCUCUCAGGUGUCCACAUUUUACAGAGGAUUAGUGGCUGUGAAUGGGACGAUGAGACUGGAGAAGUUAAUGGUUUUAAUCGUUAUGGUUAUGAUGGAGAAGACUUCAUAUUAUUUGACCUGAAGACAGAAACAUGGAUCGCUCUGAAACCACAGGCUGGUCCCUUUAAACUGAAAUGGGAUGCUGAGGAAUCUAGAAUAACAUUCAACAAGCAGUUCCUCACUCAGAUUUGUCCUGGGUGGCUGAAGAAGUAUGUGGCCUAUGGGAGGAGCUCUCUGCUGAGAACAGACCCUCCCUCAGUGUCUCUCCUCCAGAAGACUCCCUCCUCUCCAGUCAGCUGCCACGCUACAGGUUUCUACCCUGACAGAGCCACGAUGUUCUGGAGGAAAGAUGGAGAGGAGCUUCAUGAGGACGUGGACCUCGGAGAGAUCCUCCCCAACAACGAUGGAUCCUUCCAGAUGAGUGUUGACCUGAAUCUUUCAUCAGUCACACCUGAAGACUGGAGGAGGUACGACUGUGUGUUUCAUCUCUCUGGUGUGAAGAACGACAUCAUCACCACACUUGACAAAGCAAAGAUCAGAACCAACUGGGGCAAAGGUGAAAAAAACAUUUAUUUUAUUUUUUAUUUUUUGCUGAAUUGUUCCGUUGAAUUGGUCAGAUCAUGUGACUCUGAAAGCGUAAUCAAAACAUUUUUUAUUACAAAUUUUCCAAUUAUACCACAGAAAGUUUAAACAUAUCUUAAAGGG